AUACGUGCCCAUUUUCAUCCGGCAGCUGAUGUAUAGAUAUAGAUAUGAAGUCGGCUGUAAUAUUUCUGUAUUAGUUGGCGUUCGCAACCUCCCCAUUGAUUGAUUUCCCGUCGCUAUCCCCUGCUGUUGUUUUGAUUUUGGAAGAUCCUGCGUUUCAAUCCGUCGCCAUGAAAGUUCCGGCUUCCAGAGCGCAAGAGGAAGAGGCAAGGACUUCGUAUUUCCACUUGCCGUCGUUGGAUCUUUCCGUUGCGUUUCCGCAAGCAACUCCAGCUUCGAUUUUCCCUCCUUGUGUGUCAGACUAUUAUCAGUUCGAUGAUCUGUUGACUCCUGAGGAGCAAGCUCUCAGGAAGAGAGUACGAGAGUGCAUGGAAAAAGAAGUAGCUCCAAUAAUGGCGAAGUAUUGGGAGAAGGCAGAAUUUCCAUUUGAAGUGAUUCCAAAGCUUGGUGCGCUGGGCGUAGCUGGUGGCAGUAUCAAGGGUUAUGGCUGCCCUGACCUUUCUGUCACUGCAAAUGCAAUUGCUUGUGCAGAAGUUGCAAGAGUUGAUGCUAGUUGCUCUACUUUCAUUUUGGUACAUUCUUCGUUGGCAAUGUUAACUAUAGCACUAUGUGGAUCAGAAGCUCAAAAGCAAAAGUAUUUGCCUUCUUUGGCUCAGUUCAAGACAGUAGCAUGUUGGGCUUUGACAGAACCUGAUUACGGUAGCGACGCAAGUUCUGUGAGGACAACUGCAAGGAAGGUUGAAGGAGGUUGGAUACUUGAUGGCCAAAAACGCUGGAUUGGAAACAGUACGUUUGCUGAUGUUCUAGUUGUUUUUGCUAGAAAUACUACAACAAAUCAAAUAAAUGGGUUCAUAGUUAAGAAGAACACACCAGGAUUACAAGUCACUAAAAUAGAUAACAAGAUUGGCCUAAGAAUGGUUCAAAAUGGUGAUAUUGUAAUGAAGAAUGUCUUCAUCCCUGAUGAGGACAGGCUCACUGGAGUUAAUUCUUUUCAAGAUACGAGCAAGGUUCUUGCUGUUUCAAGGGUCAUGGUGGCAUGGCAACCUAUCGGCAUAGUAAUGGGAGUCUACGAUAUGUGUCACAGGUACCUGCAAGAGCGGAAACAAUUCGGCGCCCCAUUGGCAGCAUUCCAGCUGAACCAACAGAAACUAGUUCAAAUGUUGGGCAACAUUCAAGCAAUGUUCCUCGUCGGCUGGCGUCUCUGCAAGCUCUACGAAAGCGGCAAAAUGACUCCCGGCCAGGCUAGCCUCGGCAAGUCAUGGAUUACCUCAAAGGCCAGGGACACAGUUUCUCUCGGACGUGAAUUGCUCGGAGGCAAUGGAAUCCUAUCCGACUUCCUUGUCGCAAAGGCAUUUUGUGACUUGGAACCAAUAUACACAUACGAAGGGACGUACGACAUCAACACAUUGAUUACUGGAAGAGAGGUAACUGGAAUUGCGAGUUUCAAGCCUGCUGCAGCAUCAACUAGGCGAAGCCGUAUGUAAUGUGAGUGAUCUUAUCGUAUACCUAUUUCAAAUCAAAUCUGUGAUUUAUUUAUUUACUAUCCCUUCAUCGCGUAAUUCACCAAAUAAAAGCUUUUAUUAAAAUUAUUAUUAUACUAUACUCCAUCUGAAUAGGUUUAAUAUGUAAAAUAAAAUGUGUUGGUUGACGAUGGUA